AUGGAUUGCUUGGCCAAACUUGAACGCUAUAGCAACGAACUGGCUUUGGCUGUCAAAAGUCUCGCCACUCACUCUCGAGGCACUAAUGCACAGCUGUUCACUGAUCUCGAAGCUGCCCCGGAGGUACAACAAGCCAAACAAAACGUGUUGUUGAACGUGGCUAAAAUCAAGACGCUUGUCCUUGAGCCAACAGACUUUUUGAAGCAUCUUGCGAGCCAGGGCGGAAUCCUUGGGUGCCUUCGAUGGCUCGGCGAGUUCCAAAUUCUCGCCUGCAUUCCUCUGACUGGGAGUGUUCCCAUGAAGGAUGUAGCGGAUCUCUCAAGGGUAUCAGAGAGACAGCUAAGCCGUGUCGUCCACCUGGUAGCCAGUGCUGGGUUCUUACAAUUACAAGGAUCGCAGCCUAUGCAGCACGUCGUACACACGGCUCUAUCAGCAUCGUUCGUUACGAGCCCUUCUUUAUUAGAUGCUGCAAUGUUCCUUGCGGAGUAUGCAGCACCAGCUGUACUACAAACCCAAUCAUCUACCCUCAUGCUGACGCAAAAAAAUGUCGCAAAUCAAUCUCCGAAACUCCAGCGUCAGCUAUCAGCUUAUCUGACGUAUGCAGGAGGAUUGGAUACAGAGGAUUCUGUUGUCGAUAAUCUCAUGCAGCUAAAUUGGGCAAAGAUUGGCAGUUCUGUGACACCUACAGCAGUACAUGUCGUUGAGGUGGGCGCCGAAUCAACGAUAACUGCACGAAGUCUCACUGCUUUAAAUCCUAUCCUGCACUUCCAUAUGCAGCUUGAUGCUCCCAAAGACAGAGACCACCACAUGGAGCGGCAGCGUGAAGAAGUGUUUGAGCGGGAGCUUGGCACUUCAGAGCCACGGAUUACCAUUACCCACAGACCAAUUGGUGUGGGGUGUCCCCAGAUAACGACCGAUGCUGCUGUUUACAUCCUACAUUUACCCGAAACACCGCUAGCAAUCUUAGCCGAGUUGAAAGAACAUUUCGGUAUUUUACGAGCGGGAAAUGCUGUAAUGUUAAUCUUGACAGCACGUCUCCUGCCUGAAUCAGGCAGCAUACCCGACACCGAAGCCGAAGUUACUGCUCGCGCACGGGAACUAGCUUCGCUGAACUUGCAACUUACUACCACGGGUGCAAUGGAAAUGGUUGAACUGUUUGAAAUGAUAGAGACAAUAAGCGAUAAUUUGGGCAAGCUGGUGGUGAUGAAUAAGCUUCGUUCGCGCAAUAACAUAGUCGUAGCCUUAGCUGUUAAGUAUGUCGACCAUGGUCUAGACCUGUGGUCUGGGACUGGAAGUCGAAAUGGAGAUGGAGAUGGUAUUUAUUACGGGCUUGGAGGCUUGGCUACAGAAAACUCUCAGUGA